AUGGCAGGUGAAACAGGCCCGGUGGAGGUCUCGCGAUCCCAUUCAAUGGUGAUUGCGGGACUCUUCGCCCUGGCGUGUUGGAAUGUUCUGCACAUCCUGGUAUCGAUCUUCACCACCUUCAGGCGAUACCGCGGCCUCUACUUCUGGAGCAUGUUGAUUUCCACAGUGGGAAUCCUGCUCCACACCAUCACAUCUUUCCUUCGCUACUUUGCGCUUGCUCCUAAUUUCCCAAUGUGUGUCUUGAUCUGUAUCGGCUGGUACGCUAUGGUCACAGGGCAGGCUGUGGUACUUUAUUCUCGACUUCAUCUGGUCACUUCAUAUGACCGCUACUCUCGAUGGGUGUUGUUCAUGAUCUUCUUCAAUUUCUGCGCCUUGCAUAUUCCCACUACAGUCCUGUUUCUUGGCAUCAACCGUGGCGUACACUCUCUCGAUAAACCAUUCAAUAUCUACGAGCGCAUCCAACUGGCAGGAUUCGCUGUCCAAGAAACUAUUCUCAGCGCCCUCUAUAUCUGGGAAGCCUUGACGACCCUGCGGCCCAUCUUGCAAAUCAAAGGCACCCAGGGCCAGAGGGUCCUGAUGAACCUCGUCGCCGUCAAUGUCAUUGCGGUCUUACUCGACGCUUCUCUAUUGACAACAGAGUACACCAACCAUUUUGACGUCCAAACAACCUAUAAACCGGUCGUCUACAGCAUCAAAUCCCUAUUGGAGUUUACUGUUCUCAACAGCUUGCUCGUCAUUGUGCGCACAGACCCAUCGAGCAUCGAGAAUGUCGACCAGCUGAACCGAGACGAGCUUCAUAUGGAGCUGCAAUGGAGCGGCAACCGCUCAAACAACGCCACGCCUUCAACUAUUGGCCCACCAAGGUCCGAGGGUAUUCAAAAGUUUCCAUCAAGAGAGUCACACCUUGAGUUGAAUGGCUCCUGGUCUUCCUGCAAUGAGCAGCGUGAUCCAGUUUGA